AUGGCAAUAACUUUGAAGAAAUGCAGUUUAAAGAAAGUAUCCUUACCAGAAAGGAUCACUAAUUCACUUUAUAAUAAAUAUGCUGAAUCGCAAAAUUACUACUUUACCAAGGAUAUCAAUGAAAUCAUAUUGGACCAACCAACAAAACCAAAUAUCGUGUUCAAAGACUUAGCCCUUUUGGAUGAGGAUGUUGAAUACAUGAAAAAAAUAUAUUAACCACAUUGUUUAGACAAUAAAAUGGAAGUCUUAACAGAAUUUUACAAAUUCAAGUUUCAUAAUGAUUUACCGAGAUGGGCUGUCUCCAGUUCUAUUGUAAAUAUCUUGAAUGAAUAUUACAAUUAAAAAAGAAAACUCGAAUAUUACAAAAUUCAGAAGAUAAUAGAUGAGGAAAACAAAAAUAAUCCAGAAAAACCUCCAAAAGGCAUAGUCGGUGAUGAGCCAAUCUAAACCGAAAGCACUCCCCCUUCUCACACCAUUGAAAGUGGAAUCAUCGUUGGAAACGUACUUGAUGAAUUACAAAAUACGCCCUCUUAUUCAAAGCUUGAUUAAGAUAAAAUAGGUCGUAAAAUAAAUAACAACAAUAAUAUUCACCAAUAACUUUUAAAAAUUGAAAAAUUAAAGACUGAAAGAUAAUAAGAUAAUAAUAAUAUAAUAAAAGAGUUCAAAUUAUCAUAACUUCUUACAAAUGAUAAAAUCAAAAAUAUUAAAUUAUUAAUAACCUCCUAAAAAAGACAGUUAAAAAUCAUUCACCCAGAUUAAUGUGGUUAAUUGGAUCUGCCAAAACCAAAACUAAAACAUCAGCAAAUUUUAGAAUAAUUACACAAAAGAGUAAAUGAAAAGCUCCAAUUAAAGAAAAGAACAUAAAUAUAGAAUAAAGAUCCGUCUAGAGAAAUAAAAAGUGUACAUUUUGGGGAAGAUAAAAAAGAAAACUUUUUCAAAUCCCCCAGAAAUGUAAAAACUUAAUGUACAUCCAAGAUGACACCUAAGUCCAAUUGCAAAGUAGGCAAGACCCAAACUUUUCAUGAUAGCUCAUCAAGAAAGUUUAAUAACAACUUACUAUCAACUAGGAACAUUGGAGCAAAGACUUGCCAUUAGAUAAGCAAUAAUAUCAAAUCAAAAAUGCAAUCCAAACCUAUAUCAUUUAAAACUCUUACUACUCCAAGAUCUGUCUAAUAAAAGUUAUCAUAAUGA